AUGGUAGAUCAGUUAAAUCACAACGUUCGUGAUCAACGAGGGAAAAUAUCUCAAUUAUGUAUGUGUGCGGCGAUAAUGCACAUGCAUCGAUUCUUUUGUUUUCACUCUUUCAAGUUCUUCGACUACAGGGAUGUGGCGGCGGCGUGCUUGUUUUUAGCUGGAAAGAGUGAGGAAUGUCCGAGGAAGUUGGAUCACAUUGUGCGUGUUUGGUGGUCGAAGAAGUUUGAACGGCAUCCAACGAUACCGUCGAAUAAUCAUUACGUCGAGGCGGCGCAACUAAUUGUGCAGUUGGAGAACAUUAUCCUUCAAACGAUAGCAUUUGAUCUGAAGGUGGAGAUGCCUCAUCCCUUCGUUCUUGCCGCUAUGCACGAGAUUGCCCCCAAUAACAAGAAACUCACAGAGUGUGCGUACUUCUUCGCUACCGACGCGGCGCAACUAAUUGUGCAGUUGGAGAACAUUAUCCUUCAAACGAUAGCAUUUGAUCUGAAGGUGGAGAUGCCUCAUCCCUUCGUUCUUGCCGCUAUGCACGAGAUUGCCCCCAAUAACAAGAAACUCACAGAGUGUGCGUACUUCUUCGCUACCGACGUUAUGCGUGACGAAUUGGGCGAUACGAUACAACGCGAGUGCAAUAGCCAGCGUUUGCGUGCAUCUCGUGUGCGUGUACGCCGGAUACGAGAAAUGUCUCAAGAGUUCGCGAGUAUUUACAAGUCCUGUCGGGAAUGGCUGGCUCUUACUCGUUUCGUCGCAAAAGGCAUAGUGAAACCAUCGACGCCAAGUCCGAACCCAUCGCGGAGUGGAGCAGAGGAAAAGGAAAUUUUGCCGCCCCCUCCACCACCUCCGACGUUUCAUAAGAAAGUCGACCUCUCGGAGUACAAGAAGCUCGAUCCUAACAUGACUCAAGACCUUCUAACUGAAAUGUCUCAAGAGUUCGCGAGUAUUUACAAGUCCUGUCGGGAAUGGCUGGCUCUUACUCGUUUCGUCGCAAAAGGCAUAGUGAAACCAUCGACGCCAAGUCGAAAACCAUUGCGGAGCUGGAGCAGAGGAAAUGGAAUUUUGGGCCCCCUUCCACACCUCCGACGUUUCAUAAGAAGUCGACUCUCGCGAGAUACAACUGCUGAUGUGAACUGCUCGUCGUUUCAUAACAAAUUUGCAGUACCAGUACCAGUGCACGAAAAUGGUCACAAAUCAAGAGAUGAACAAAGUAGACGAGAAGAGGAGCGAAGAAGGGAAAAGGAGCGGCGUCGACGUGAAGAAAGGGAGCAACGUCACGGACAUGAACGUCCGGAAGACAGGGAACGACGCAAGGAAGAAGAGCGACGGAAACGUGAACAUGAGCGGAUGACGAGUAGUGGGCAAGCUAGCGGUUUGCACCCUCCUGCCGAGAAAAGACCGCGUCACGAGUCAUCGUCGUCUUACCCGCACCCAGCGGUUGGUUCCUCCGGUAGUGGUAGUGGAUCCUCUUCAAAACCACGGCCCAUGGCUCCAGUGCAAGUGCAACAUCAUUCUUCUGCUCAUGGACACAAUCAAACGGCCAAUGGUUCACAUGUUCGAAGCGAUAAGGAUAUAAUUAAGAGUUCAUCACAAUUCUGCCGCGCUAUGGAACCGCCACGAGCGUUGUCGCCUCCACCUUUACCACCAUCGGUGCUCCCUCCACCACCUCCGCCACCCUCUGCUAUGGCGGAGCUUGAGGAUGGCGAAUUGGAGUGA